AUGGCAACACCCCCUGUCACGACUUCCGACUCUGAGAUCCCUGUGGUCCCUUUCCUUCCCUCGAUUCUUUCCAUUAGGAUCUCCGCUCUAACGCCUUCGUGCCUUCUCCCCCCUCUUCCUCCAACCCCACCACCAGCCUCAACGCCCCCACCCAAGUGCCCAAAAGUAUCUCCUUGCCCACGCUACCCCACGCCCAUCUUCUUCACCCACAGCAAUCCCAACCCCAACAAUAUCCUCAUCAACCCACCCUCCUUCCGCACCAGCGCACUCGUAGAUAAGGAAUGCGCGGGCUUCUACCCCGAUGAUUGGGAGAAGAUCCAAUCACUGUACAGUAAGCCCGGCAAUGUUUUCUGGAAGUCGCUUUUGCAGCGAGUGAUAUUUGAAUUUGAGGAUAAGAUGAAGAUAGAGAUGUAG